AUGAUUGCAUCCACCGAUAAUACCAGCAGCAGCACACCAUCACAACAAGCGAUUCCCAUUCUUUUAAAGAGCACUCCACAGGAAAUUGGAUCAUGUUUUGAAACGUUUAAAGAUCUCCGACCUCAUCUCACAACACCACAAGCCUUCGUGGAGCAAGUGUUGGAACAACAAAAAGAAGGCUAUCAAAUUCAUGCCAUUCAGAAUGAGAAUGGACAAGUCGUUGCACGUGUUGGCUUCAGAAAGAUGACCACCACUGCAUGGGGUAAAUGUGUCUAUAUCGAUGAUUUGAUUACUUCUGAAAGUUGUAGAGGAAGAGGUUAUGGAACUUUAUUGUUGAAUCAUGUGCUAAAUUUUGCUAAAGAAAAUAAUUGCUCUCAAAUUCAUUUAGAUUCAGGAUACAAUCGAAAUACAGCUCAUCGUUGUUUCGAUUUGGUAGCUCAUCAUUUCAGCAUGAAACUUUCACAAUAA